CCCGGAGAGGCCCGCGGGGCGGGGGAACGAGCGGGUCCCGCGUCCCUUCUCCCCGUCCGAGUGAGUGCCGGGGGUCUCCGCAGCGCCCGCCGGCCCCGAGUGCUGCGGGCGAGCGGCGGGGGAGGCGCCAUGGCCGACCGAGCGCGGGCGGCGCUCUCCGAGUCGGGCUGGUGUCUUUCAGAUGAAGGAAUUGAAGCUUGCUUAAGUUCAUCUGAAAAAGUUAAUACGAAUGAUGUAAUCCUAGUUGCCCUUAAUACAGAUUUAAGAACGAUUGGCAAGAAAUUCCUCCCCAGUGACAUCAAUGGUGGAAAGGUGGAAAAGCUGGAAGGGCCGUGUGUCCUGCAAAUACAGAAAAUUCGCAAUGUUGCUGCACCAAAGGAUAAUGAAGAAUCUCAGGCUGCUCCCAGAAUGUUGCGUUUACAGAUGACCGAUGGACACACAAGCUGCACAGCUAUAGAAUACAGUAGCAUGUCAAAAAUAAGCCUGAACACUCCACCUGGAACAAAAAUUAAGCUUUCAGGAAUUGUUGAAGUGAGAAAUGGAUUCUUGCUGUUGGAUGACAGUAACACAGCAGUUCUUGGAGGUGAAGUGGAGCAUCUUAUAGAAAAGUGGGAAUUACAAAGGAGUUUGGCAAAACACAAUAGGAGUAACAUUGGAACAGAAGGUGGCCCUCCUCCUUUUGUACCUUUUGGGCAGAAAUGUGCAUCAUAUGUGCAAGUGGAUAGCAGAGAUCUUGAUCGCAGAAAGACUCUGCAAAUGACAAAUACUGUAAAACCUGUUGCGGACAAUGAUGAAUUUGAAAAGCAGAGAACAGCUGCUAUUGCAGAAGUAGCAAAGAGCAAAGAGACCAAGACAUUUGGAGGAGGUGGUGGUAGUAGCAGAAGCAAUCUCAGUGUGAGUGCUGGAGGGAAUCGAAACAGGGAACUGUUCCAGAAAGAGAAGAUAGCAAAACCAGAGGGGAAGAAUGAAGGUGUCUACCGAGAACUGGUUGAUGAAAAGGCUCUAAAACACAUAACAGAGAUGGGUUUUAGCAAAGAAGCAGCAAGACAGGCACUUAUGGAUAACAGUAACAGCCUGGAGGCAGCAUUAAAUUUUCUUCUGAACAACAGUAAACAGAAACCCAUUCAGGGACCACCACCUAGAGGUAAGGGGAAGGGCCGAGGCCGAAUAAGACCUGAAGAUGAAGAAGAGCUAGGAAAUGCCAGACCAUCUGCACCAAGCACACUGUUUGAUUUCUUGGAAUCCAAAAUGGGUACUCUAACAGUAGAGGAACCAAAAUUGCAAUUUCAGCCAACACAUCAAGUACAGCACAAAGUUAUGAAUACAGAACAGAAUGGCAUCAAAGAGAAUCAUUCAAGACACGUUUCUCGCAAUGACAUGAGACAACCAAGGAAUGAGAAACCCCCUCGUUUUCAAAAGGAUUUUCAGAAUUCAAGGCAGGCUUUGGAAAGUGGUGGGUUACCAAGAAACAGAGGUCCUGAAAGGCACAGCUCUUUAGAACACUGGACAGAUGAAAAAAAUAAAAGUGACAGACAUUAUCCUAGAAAUGACAGGUCAAAGGAUUUGGGUUAUCCCAUAACCACUCACCAGAGUGAUAUUACUUUCAAAAAAAGGGAUAACAACAUGCAAAACAGAGUAGGAAAAGGAGUGUCUUUCUCAGAAUUCAAGGAAAAUUCUGCUGCUCAAGAUGUGACAGACAACAAUAACCAGAAACGUGGGAAAAGGGAAAACCAAACACACAAUUCAGAAAAUUUUUGUGAUAGGAAGGCACGAACAAUAAGUAAUGAAGCCUUUAUGGUAAAGCGUGAGCAACAUUUUGGUGUUAAUAAUGAUUACCAAAAUCCAAGUAGGACUGAUAAUUUCAGUGCGGUACCAAAUGGAGAUACUGAGCAUCAUCAGAAAGGAAGACGAGUAGGACCUAUCAAAUCAUCAGGACCCACUGUGAUCCCAUCUUUUGAUGAUAAAAUGUUGUAUUACAACACUGGUCCCAAAAAGAGAACUGGGCCCAUCAAACCAGAGAAAAUAUUGGAACCAUCGAGUCACAUGGAGUAUGGAAAAAGUUGGAGACCAGGGGAUGAAUGCUUUGCUCUUUAUUGGGAAGACAACAAGUUCUACCGGGCAGAAAUUGAAGCUCUCCAUUCUUCUGGGACAACUGCAGUUGUUAAAUUCAGUGAUUAUGGAAAUUAUGAAGAGGUGCUUCUCAGCAACAUCAGGCCUGUUCAUGCAGACACAUGGGAGGAGGAGGAAGAGACGUAUGAGCAAACUCUAGAAUUCCGCAGAGGAGGUGAUGGUCAGCCACGGCGGUCCACACGACCCACUCAACAAUUUUAUCAACCCCCCCGAGCUAGAAACUGAUUAAUAAGAAAAGAAAGUUUUUUCAUCUAGAAACCUUCUCGGAGUCGGGGGGAAUUCACUGGCAGCUCCCAACUUGCUGAACACUUCUUCUAGAAGAAAUUCUGGGGUUUUCCAAGCAGCAGGAUGGAACAAAGAAAGCUCAUGUGAGCAGAAGGAAUUUGGACCUGACACCACAAAAGACUUUUUUAAAGUUCUUAGUUAAAUGAAGCUGAAUACUUUUUACAUAUGAAAGAGGCAAAUUGUCAUUGCUACCAUCAAUAAAACCACAGUGCACUAUUCUA